AAGUUCACUUGGUUGGCAAUCCUGCGUUCACGUUGUUUGUGGCUGACCAAAGAUGAGAAUUAAAAAUGAUCGUUCUCAAUCUUUUAAAUUAUAAUUACACGUUAAGGAUGUUAAUUUAAUUACUACGCAACUAUAAAGAAUCCGCACGAAGAAAUACAUUAUAAAUUGCGAGCAUGUUGUCGGAUGUUCGUCCCUUUAUGACUUUUAUGGAUGUGGAACACUCUCGAUCAUAUAUAGACGACUUGUACUCAUCAGACCCAGAUAAAUGCCUUACUUCCCUCAUAUGUAUCAAAAAUUCUGUCAUCGGCUCCAAUCGUCAAAAGGAAAGUGUUAUAGCUCAAGGCAUUGUACCACGACUGAUACAGCUAUUAAAGGACAGGAAUAGGAAAGCCGCAAUUCGAUUAGAAUCUGUAGUUACAAUAGGAUCGUUAGCGAAAGGAACCGGGGAACAUGUAGAGCUGCUAAUUAACUGUGGAACAGUUCCACUUUUACUGGAUCUUUUGGAAGAAAAUGAUCCUUUAUUGAUAGACGCGUGUUUAUGUUGUCUACGAACACUUUCUCAACAAGAUACCGGCCGAUUUCAAACAGUCUACUCACACAGACAUCUACAGAAAUUGUUAAGUUUUGCAGAACCGGAAGAAAAUAUUUUACGACAAUCGUGCGUCGCUAGUAUAUUGAGUUCGUUAUGCAAGGGGGCAUCGGAACAAAACGCUUUACGUUUAGCCGGUGCGGCACAAGUGCUCACAAAUAUGCUGAGCAUUUGUCAUACGGCUGUGCGUGUCCCUACGUUAACAUGUUUAGCCGCUAUGGCGUUCGAAAAUCGAGCGGUCGCGGAGGAGAUUACAAACACAUCAUAUAAGGACACGAAAGUGAUUACUAUUUUGGCACGUUUACUCUCUAGGGAUAAACCUAUUGACAUGCAACUGGAAGCUGCUAGAUGUUUAACAAAUUUACAUCGAGCAGGUGCAAUAAUGGCGUACGAUGCUGUGAUAACUUUUAGAACGUUACCUUGCUUGGUUCGGUUGUGUCAGAUUGAGCAUUCGACUCCUCACAGAGCAGCCGCAGCAAAUACAUUAGCGUACCUUACCGAAGUCGACAGUGAGCUGCAGCAGACCACCGCCAUUAGUAAUCAGUUAAUUGGAGCGUUAGCGGAUUCGCUGUUGAAUUCGAACAACGUGUUGGCCAGACAGGCGGCAUUCAGUGCGUAUGCUUCUUUGGCCGCCAAUGACGAGGACAUACGUAAAAGACUUAUUGAAACGAACAGGCUUUUGAUCGGUUGGGAUGGAGAAUCUGGUCAACACAGGCAUGUUAGAGCUUUCGCAUCUCUGGGAGCCAAUGAUGAGGACAUACGAAAACGUAUUAUCGAGACGAACAGACUAAUGGAGAGAGUAGUGGACGGUUUGGGUGAUCCAAACGAAGGUGUUAGAUUAGCGGCUAUACGUUGCCUACAUUCCUUAAGCAGAUCAGUUCAACAGUUACGCACAACGUUUCAAGAUCAUUCCGUGUGGCGUCCUUUAAUGGCUCUACUUACAGGUUCACCCCCUCUUGAACUACUAAGCGCCGCGUCUUCCACAUUGUGUAAUUUACUACUGGAAUUUUCACCUGCAAAAGAGCCUAUGUUACAGCAGGGAGCAGUACAGUUGCUGGCAACGUUAACGACAAGAAACGAACCUGCUCUACGGCUAAACGGAGUGUGGGCCUUAAUGAAUCUCGCUUUUCAAGCGGAGCAGCGCGUCAAGUCACAAAUACUAACUGCUUUAGGAACCGAUCAGAUAUUUCGUCUCUUAGCCGAUUCGGAUACAAGGAUAUUGAUGAAAACAUUGGGGUUACUGAGGAACCUAGUGUCGCCCCGUGCCCAUACGGACGCUAUGAUGACGCUUCAUGGGCCCCAGGUGAUGCAGGCUGUCGUACUGGUGCUGGAGGGCCCGCAUUCGCCCGACGUUAAAGAACAGGCGCUUUGUAUUUUGACGAAUAUUGCCGACGGCGAACGAGCCAAGGACCAUAUUAUGGCCAAUGAUGACGUUUUAAAAAAAUUAACCGACUAUAUGACUCAUCCUUCUACACGUUUGCAAAUCGCUGCAAUUUACUGCAUCACUAAUCUCAUCCGACAGGAAGAACCUGGCGCCGCCGAGCGCCAACUACGACUAAGAGAGAUGGGCGUUGUAAACAUACUCAAUCAACUUUCUACAACUCCCGACAAUCUUCUAUAUGAUAAGGUAAAAAUGGCGCUGGUGCAUUUUCCAGAAUACUAAGCCACUGUUGUAAGUCUGAUCCGUGAAAGAUAGGAAAAACAUGACGUACCUUUUUAUAAAAAUUCUUGUUAGUAAUUUAUUUCAGUUAUAUAGUGCGAAUUGUAGGUUAUGUAUAAUUAUACACUUGAUGUGUUGUAAAUAUUUUUUAAAUGUAUUUUGUGAUUGUAACUCAAAACAAUAUUUGAUAUAAAAGAUUUAUUAUUACAA